UUGAAAACGUCAAAAAAUAAUAAAAAGCCGCAAAGGCGACCGUAGGUUUUUAUUUUUAACAAUGUUGUGUUUGUUUAUUAUUUAAAAAAAACACUCUUUAAGAGUGGAAAUUAUUUUGUCUAGUCUUAUAUUUAACCGUUAAGUUUCGCAAGGCAAUUCAGAUCCAUCAAAUGAAGUUAAUGUGCCAUAAAAGUGUUGGUGAUUUUCUUUGUUUUGAAAGUAAUGAAUCGUGGUGCUAUAUUUUAAUAUUUAGAGUGGUUUCCAGUUGGGUCAAGUAAAAAAACGGCUGUAGCACGUAUCUGACUACGUUUCUACGAGUUAUGAAUCGCAGGAAAGGCUGAAAAUACGAUCCCGCCAUUUUGUGAUUUUCCAUAAUAAAAAUACAUUUUAGAUAUUCGUACGGUUAAUAUGGAUAUAUUGCUCAAUUACCAUUUAAUGUACGUCAAUAGCUGUGAAUUGAUUGAAUUCUAAUAAGAAUCGUAUAAGAAUUCCUUCGAAAUGUCGACGCUGAAUAGUCAAACCGACUGGACAAAUAUUCCAAAGGAAACAUUAUAUGAAAAAUGCAGGAAUAUUACAGAGGAAAUAUAUAAGAGGAUAAAUAUAACGUUUCAAGUGAAAAAACUGGAAAAUUCCACUCAGAGCGAUGUUUCGGAGCAAAGUGACAUAGGAAGCAGCGAUCUAAGCAAUGAGACAGAUCUAUUCGCCUGCGAUAAAAGCUCUAUAUCAAGCAGUACGGAGCUGGAGAACUUGGAACUCGGCAGCGCGGCUUGUGAGAAGUAUAUAAACAUUAAUAAUAACGAAGAGACGAAAGAGAAGAAGGUGCCCAUUGUGAAACGGCCUAAGAAACGAUUCCGCAAGCGAAUAAAAAAGAAACAAGUGAAAGACUCAGACGGGUCGAGUGACGAAGCGCCGCUGCGGGGCGAAGGGCGUCGUAGCGCUUCGCCCCGUCAUGAUGUGGCGCUGCCCAAUAUUGUUAUUGUAACGAGUGAUCUUAAAUACAAAAUCAAACAACCGCAACUUCCAGACAAGAAGCCGAAAGACCAAGGCAAGGGGGCAGAGACAAAAGACUCGCAGGGCAUAGACAACUCGGAGAUGUCAGAAUUGUCUAUGAAGGACAUCAGAGAUAGUAGAGUGUGCAAGAUUUGUAAUCUGACGUGCCGCGGGGAGAGGGGGUUGAGGCGGCACAUGAAAAUGUCACAUUUGGAGAAUACAGAUGAAACAACUCUGGAACAACGAAAUUAACAAUAAGUAUCCAUUUAUAUUACAUAUUUUUUGUUUAUUUUUCAAAAAUAUAUUUAUUUGUUUUUUUACUAGGCACUGUAAUGUUCCUGAAGUAUUUGUUGAAAAAAAAUGUUUUUCUAUUUUUAUUUUUUAUUGUUUUAAAUCUUCAAAAUAACCGCCUCUAGUUUUCGAUUGCAGGUUCGAUCUCUUAAAAAUAUCUGAUUAAAGAAAUAUCUUAUUAGGGAAAAAAUAUUUUCAAAAUUAUAUACUUACAUAUUUAUGUAUAAAAUACAAAAUUUGUAUUACUAUUUUUUUUUUCAAAAUUGACGAUAUUCGAAACGUAUUUUUAUUGUUUUGGUGUAACGACGUACAUACAUAUGAAAACUUCUAGUGAAGUACAUUUUAAAAAUAUAGUCGGAUAGUAUUUACAUACAAAAUAUAAAUAAUAAAGGAUGGCAAAGUUAAAUAUUUUGGUAAAAAAAAUGUGUGCG